AUGCAUCCGCCCGUCCGCCCCCCGCUGCAGCCGCUUUUAUACGGGCUUCCCCCGCCUUUCGGUCCUCAGCUUGACCUGGCACUGCAAGCAUGCCAGUCCAGCAGAUCGCGUAAGAGAAAGUGCGACAAGGCACUGCCGAAGUGCUCCUCCUGCGCCAAACGUACCCAGACAUAUGAAUACUGGCGGCCAGAAACCAGCACGCCCCUAGAACGGGAAUGGUACCCGUCCGCGGUAGGCGAGGAGCAGCAGGCGGAGGACUGGACUGUUGACUUCCCGACCAUCCUCUUCCUCGACCCGAGCUUGCUGCGGCACGGCCAGGUAGAUAGCGGCCACGGCGCCAUGCCCGUUCCGCCGUCUAUCCUACAUCUGCUCGGUAGUGUGGACGAGGUCCGGUCCACGGCCGACCGCUUCUUCCAGCACAUCCACCAGUGGAUGCCCCUCAUAUCCAAAAAGAGGUCCUACGAUCUUUAUUUCCACAGGCAGCCAGCAUUCCACUCCCACUCCGACGUGGCCCUGUUGCUCUUGGCCGUGAAGCUGAUCACCACAUUCCCGCCGGCCGGGCCGCGGGAUUUCCGCACUCCCUUGUAUUAUACUACCAAGCAUUUUCACCUCGAGGUCGAAACGCUUUAUGAACUAGACUUAGCACAUGGCAUCUUCCCAGCCGUCUAUCUAUCCAUCGGGUCUGUGCACGUUAUGCCCCAUGCGUUGGGCAUCAACUUGAACGCCAGUCGCACGGUGCCGACCCGGAAAGUGCUUACCUUGGUUGAGGUGGAGGAGCGGCGGAGGGUCUGGUGGGCCAUCGUGGUUCUCGAUUGGUUUGUGAGUAUCGGCUGUCCCGGACGACCCUUUGCUACAGCUGAUCCUGCCCUGGAUAAUCUCUUGCCCGCAGAUGACGCGGCAUGCCGGCUUCUCGGACAGGUCCUGCACCACCUCGCCAGCGGCGCCGCAAUUCACGACUCGGACGAGGUCUGGAUGCAGCUCGACCGUACCCUACGAUCCAUGUUGGCUGCGGCGUUGGACAUUGAGUUCCAACUGGCAGCGCACCAACCAUGCCCUGACCGUCCUGAUGCAUCCAGCGAGCGGUCUCGACGGGCGCGAGUCGUGCUGGAACAAAUCACUGACCGCAUCAGCGCCAACCUGGUGGAGCGACAGUGUCUCCUGGGCCGCGAUCCGGAGGACAUGGCCCCGUGGGGCCUGUAUUUUGCUUUCCGCGUCUGCUGUGCGCUUGUACGGGCUCCGCAGCAGACGCCGCAGGCGGUGGCGGUGAUUCAGACCUUGAGCCAUGUAUUUCGUGCCAUCGAUGUUCGGUGGAAUGUGGCAGGUUUGUACCUGCAGCUGUUGGAGGCUCAGGAAGCAAUUCACCUGGGGGGCUUAAUACAGUUCGCUGCUAGGUAG